CGUACCUUUGGCUUUUGCACCAACUCUCUUCUUAUGGCAAACGUAGAACCAACCACAGCCGGAGACCAAGACGCCGCCAAAACACCUCACAGGUACGUAGCGUGGGGCCUUCUGCCCGAUCCGGUUUCCCGUCGGAUCAAAAACGUGACGGAGGGCCUCCGGGCCGAGUUCGGUGGGCCGGAGAUCAUCGUGCCCCACAUACCCAUUUUAGGGUCCAUCAUUUUGACGGAGGAAGACGCCGUCAACACCUUCAGACAAGCCUGCCAGGCCAUCGGUACCAUCCCUUGCAAGGUCACUCACGUCGCCACCAGUCCCUUCUAUUACCAGUGUGUUCACCUCUUCAUUGAUCCAGACCAUGAGGUGCAGCAACGAACUGAAACUUUCGCGCGCUUUUUCAGACGCAUUAGUAAUAUGCUACAUCUGAGUCUCCUUUAUGGGGAGCUGACAGAUGAAGAGAAGAAACGAGCUCAAGAAAAAGUUAGUGUUCUGGAUGAGGCCAUUACCAGCUUCAAUUUCACCAUAGAUCGCCUUGCAUUGUACAAAUGUCACGAUGAAGACAGAACUCAACAGUCUUGGGAGAAGAUUCUUGAACUCCGCCUUCAUUAGGUUUUAGUUCAAUAUUUGAGCUUCUCGCUAUACUAGUUGAGCCUAGCUAGUAAUGAAUUGUCAUUCAACACUUGGAGUGUGAUCGAUAGUUCGAUCAAGUACAGAUGUUUGAUGUCUGAUGCUAUAUGCAUAGGUUUUGAAUAUUCAUAUUUUUUAAUUAGCAACUCAGCUUCA